GUUCCUGAUUAUCUGAGUAUGUUCGAUGGACUCGCUUCGCGCCUUGCUUCGGCCGCACAUUCUCUAUCCUCUCUUCCUCCUAUUCCUCAUCCUAACUCUCGUUCUCACCCGCGCUCCUCGUGCGCCUGACGGCCGCAAACUCCUCGACUUCAGCAGACGGCGCGCUUCAAUAAGCGCUUCGUCUUAUAUCGAGGAUGCCGCGUCAGGCGUCGUCCGCGCGACAGCCGGCGACAGCGUACUCGACGCGGUAGGCGAUGCGACGGGCGACGCGAACCCGCGCGUCGUCCACGUGGCGUUCGACCCGCUCUUGGCGGAGGUCGAGCAGCAGCGCGACGACCGCGCGUGGGAGCGGCGCUACGCGCGGCUGCACGGCGGGCGGAAGCCGUUCCGCGUGCACUCGGACGAUCCGCGGAAGCACCACCUGCACGGGGAAGGGGUGGGGGUGGGGGACGGGGAGGAGGAGGAGGAAGACGGGACGCUGGAGGGAAACGAGUUGGAGGAGUUUGAGGAGGACCGCGCGCGGUACAGAGACGUGGAGGACGACUGGGAGUGGGGGGAGCACGAAGGGUAUCACCAUGAGUUCACAGAAGACGACCUCAAGUACGACCACUUCAAUCUCUCCCACCGCCUCGCGCUGCUCUUCCCCCUCCUUGACGCCUCUCCCCCCGAUGGGCGCAUCAGCCAAUCAGAGCUCGCCACGUGGCUGCUGUCCGUGGAGCGGGCGGCAAGCCUGCACCGCACGCGGCGGGAGAUGGAGGCGGUGGACGGCGAUGCGGAUGGCAAGAUUACUCUGGAAGAGGCGCUAGAAGACGAACUUGCCGACCAGGCAGUGCAUGGUGGGGAGGGGGGCUGGCAACACGUGGGGGGGGAGGAGCAGCGGAGGGAGCUGGAGGAAAGAUUCCACCUCGCGGAUGGCGAUGGCGAUGGCAAGCUCAACUUGGCGGAGCUCAACAGCUACUUGCAUCCCGAGGACAGUGACGACCCGAGGCUGCGCAACCUGACACUACUGCAGGAGUUCAGGGAUCGGGACACCGACAACGACAGCCGCAUAUCGUUCUCAGAGUUCAAGCAGACGGUCUUCCACGAGCUGAUCGCACACGAGGACGACAGCCACGACCCUGUGGAGGCGCUUGUCCACAUGCACGCCGCCCAGGCAGACAAGGACAAAUGGAGCAACGACCACCGCCGGCCACACCGCACGGGCGGCGAGUUUCGGGAGGCUUUGGAGGAGAAGGAGAAGCGGGCGAGGGGGAGGUUCGAGGAGCUGGAUAAGGAUGGGGAUGGCUUCCUCUCCCCGGGCGAGUUUGAGCCGGUGCUGCGCGUGCUGUGGCCGAGCGAAAGGGACUUCGCCGAGAAGAAGGCUGCAGAGAUGAUUCGCCAGGCGGACAACAAUGGUGAUGGGUACCUCCAUCUAGAAGAGAUGCAAGCACACUCCCAUGUAUUUUACAACAGUAUUCAUGAACAUGAGGAGCAGCAAAGAAGACAAGUAGAGCACGAGGAGCUAUAGCUGCAAGCCAAUCGUGGUACACUCAGCAAAAAAGUAUGGCCCCAUAUGGCAUAAUGUACAUGAACGUUUGCUCAUGAUCAUAUUGUUCGUAAGGUGUGACUUUCUCGU